AUGGCGCAGUUAGAUAGACGCUCCGUUGCCCUAAGGGCUCAAGAGCUCAUCGAGGACGAUAUCCACGAGGCAAGGGACCAAGUAAGACCAUGCAACGAGGCAGGGCAUGGCUUCACUGACUUUGCAUACCCGUUCGACAACCCCAUUUUCUACAUCAAGUUCGGCAAUCGGUCCAUCGCAUCCAUGACCGCGGAGGCUAGGACACAUCAAUUCUCCUUUGACGCCCUUGAGAAUACACCGCUGGAGCGCAGAAACGACAUUCGCAUCCCACAGAUUUGUCGCAUCCUCUACACACCCCGGGGAGCUUAUAUCGUCAUGGAAUAUGUUCAGGGGAAGACACUCGGCCAGCUCUACCAAAAGAUCGAACGUUUUGAGGAGAACUCCAAGCCAUAUUACGACAAAAUCGCCAGAGGAAUCAAGCUGCCUCUGUCCAUUCCAGUUCCAACAGAUGCCAAACCCGGCCCUUGCGGCGGAGGCAUCAUCAAACAUCCUCUCUUUAAAGACGGUGAAGCACUAAUUCGGUAUGACUCGAUUGGAAAUCUCGCCACCUGGUUUAUCAAGACCAACCCGAAGGUCACUCUUGAGCGCAAGCUUGCGUAUACUCUGAUCUCUACGAAGGAAACUUUCAUGUUCAUAGAUGCCGGCGACCUGUACAUCCUCGAUUUCGAGCAUGUUGCAUUCCUGCCGAUUAGCUUCCAGGACUUUGCCUUUCGAUCUCCGUUUAUGAUGUCUUCACUUGUUGCUCCUCGCAUCCAGGAUCAGUUUGAUCUCCCGCAAAAUAACUUCAUGGUAACGGAAAGGUUUCUGGACUGAUGCACAUGAGUGGUUCGAAACUGGGUGAGCUUAGAGAUUAGUCGCGACCCCAAGCGCACACAUCCAACAUCCACGCAGAGACCACAAGCAGCUAACAAAUUCUUCCUAGG